AUACUAAACCUCACCCUGGAGAUCAUCUACCUGCUGACCGGAGAGAGAUUGAAGUCAGGUGAUCAUAUGACCAUCACAGUGCCUCCAUAUGACUCCCUAAACCCUGAGAGACACAACAUGCAGAAGAUUCUAGAAGUCACCAAGAAGAUGAUGGAGCUGCUGACAGGAGAGGAGUGGGAGUAUUUAGAAGGACACAAGGAUCUCUACAAGGACGUCAUGAUGGACAAUCAGCCGCCCCUCACAUCACCGGAUGGAUCCAGUCAUGGGAACCCACCAGAGAGAUGUCCCCGUCCUCUGUAUAUUCCCGGGAUUCCACACAGGAAGAUCACACCAUCCCUCACCAUUACAAGGUUGGUGGGAUGGAGAAUCUAGAACAUGGACUUGUGGAGAUGAUGUGUGGAUAUUUUUUAUGUGACCUUAUAUUUUACAGAUGAUAUUUUCUCUCAUUUCCUUGAUUUAGAGUGGAGAUCCAAUCGAUACAGAAUUUGAGGUUCAAGCAGAAGAAGAAGAGGCGUAUGUAUGUGAGGGAU